AUGGACGUCAAAGCGACAGCUCUUCUAAAGCUCGUCUACCUCGAGAUGCUAGGCUACGACAUGUCUUGGGCGUCAUUCCAUGUUCUGGAGGUCAUGUCAUCCCCCAAAUACCACCAGAAGCGAGUGGGAUAUUUGGGAGCAGUACAGAGCUUUCGACCGGAUACCGAGGUUCUCAUGCUGGCCACCAACUUGUUGAAAAAGGACAUCGGGUCGUCUACUCAAACAGUUAUUUCUCUCCCUAUCGCUACACUUCCGCACGUCAUUACGCCAUCCCUGGCCCUCUCAACCCUCUCCGAUCUCCUCCCUCGGCUGGGGCACAGCCAUUCUAAUAUCAGAAAGAAGACGCUGGUCACGCUAUAUCGGUUGGCGCUUGUGUAUCCAGAAGCCCUGAGAGCGGCGUGGCCCAAAAUCAAGGAACGAUUGUUGGACCCUAAUGAGGACCCAAGCGUAACGGCGGCCAUCGUGAACGUGGUAUGCGAGUUGGGGUGGCGGAGACCCCACGACUUUCUCCCACUUGCCCCCCGAUUGUUCGAGCUCCUUGUUGAUGGAGGAAAUAAUUGGAUGGCCAUCAAGCUCAUCAAGCUGUUUGCUACUCUGACACCUCUCGAACCCCGACUGGUUCGAAAGUUGUUGCCACCCUUGACAAAUAUAAUAGCGACGACACCUGCCAUGUCUCUGCUCUACGAGUGUAUAAACGGAAUUAUCCAAGGCGGUAUUCUUGGAAGUACAGAUGACACUGCAGAUACGGAUGAGAUUGCGACGCUCUGCGUCAAGAAGCUGCGAGGGAUGGUCAUGAUUAAUGGUGAUCCAAAUCUCAAAUACGUGGCAUUGCUGGCAUUCAACAAGAUUGUUGCCACGCACCCUCACCUAGUGGCGGAACAGGACGACGUCAUUCUGGAUUGUCUUGACAGUUCAGAUAUCACCAUUAGAAUACAAGCACUGGACCUGGUUCAAGGCAUUGUUACUAGCGACAACUUGAUACCGGUUGUUAGCCGAUUGAUGAAGCAACUCAAAUCUUCGGCUCCAACAAAGGAGAGAAGUCAACCAGGAAUUCCUUCAUUCGGUUCUGGCUCGGACUCUAAUGAUGAAGCUCACGUGGCCAUCACUGAGCCUACAAAAGUUGAAAAACAAGCACCGCCACUGCCUGAAGAUUACAUGAUCGACAUCAUCAGAAGAAUACUGUUUAUAUGUUCAAAGGACAACUACUCUAAUGUCUUGGAUUUUGACUGGUAUAUCGAUGUAUUGACUCAGCUCGUUCGCAUGGCACCUGUCCCAAGACAGCUCGACUCGGAGAGUACUCCCUUAUCGUCACUAUCUUCGAUGGAUGUCUCAGGGAGAAUAGGGGAUGAGUUGCGAAACGUCGCAGUCAAAGUUCGAGCUAUGAGAUCUACUGCAGUGAGCGCUGGCUUUACCAUCGUAGCUCAACUUAACGCAGACACUCCCACUGGCCACAAGGUCACAUCUGGAGUCUUGAGUUCGGUUGCUUGGCUCCUGGGAGAAUAUGCCAUCCUGUUGCAAGACCCUGAUGGAACAUUGAACAGUUUACUUCAGCUCAUUCCUCGUGCUGCAAGACCCGAAGUUUGCGCUACGUCGCUUCUCGCGGUUGCCAAGAUCUUCGCCACCAUUGCAGGUGACGAAACACGACCGUGGACUGCUGAGUGGAAAUCACGGAUAUCACUCCUCAUUGCUAGAAUCCUGCACGUGGCGGAGCCGUUGGCACUGCAUCCAAAUCUUGAGGUGCAAGAGCGAGCAGUCGAGUUUGUAGAGUUGUUAAAACUUACUGCUGAGGCUGUUUCCGGGCAACCUGCAUCAACGGACGAGGCGUUUCAAGACUCUCCUCUUCUUCUCACCCAGGCAAUCCCAUCGCUGUUCAAAGGUUCAGAACUCAAUUCCGUUGCUCAGGGAGCGCAGCGCAACGUACCAAUGGCCGAAGGAAUAGACCUUGACGAGCCCAUUCACUCUAACCUGACCAAUCUGCUGUCUCCUGCAGAUCUCGUGGCUCUUGAUGCCGAUGAGUCGGAUGAAUUUGAAGUCUACUACAGCCAACGGCCGGCCCCCACUGCCAUUUCAUCCUCAGCUCCCGCAAUCAGCAGACUCGCAGAUCCGAUCGAUGAAACGAUAGGGUCAUAUCAGCAGCCGGCAAGUGAAGAGAGCUAUCUCGAUGCCGAUAUCAUCGCACGGCGCAAGGCAGAGCGCCUUGAACGUAACAAGGACGAUCCAUACUACUUACCCAGCGACGAGAUAACCCGAGAAUCUACCCCGAUACACAAUAUCCUCCAGACCAGCAACGGACCAGAUCUCGAUAUUGACUCUAUACCCAUUAUUCAACUUGAUCGUGACAAUAUGGCGACCCCGACCGCCCACGCAGGGCCCAGGUCGCAGGCUAAGCCACGGCAAAAGAUUGUCAUUGCUAGCGACGAGACUCUCGAGGGCAGUGAUGGCGAUAGCAUCCGGCAACACGACUCUGGAAACAACUCUGAUAUCCUCACAAAGGCGAAGAGCAAGAAAGCCAAACACUCUCUGCUGCAAGUGGAUUCGAGCCACAUUGGCUCUUUCAGUCUCGAGGGCGCUCCGGCCAACGGGUUCGACUACGAGCGGAAGCAACGCGAGGAAGCAGAGAUGCAGCAAGCCAUAAAGGAAGUGGAAAGGCUGCGACUGGAAAUGCAACGCGCCAACGAGCGUAUCCAAGUCGCCCACGGGGUCGAUGCCCAAGGUACCAUUGUCAAAAAGAAGAGGACGGUGAAGAAGACGGCAGAGGGGGCACUCGGCCCUGAUGGGGAAGUGAAGCCCAAGAAAAAGAAGAAGAAGAAGGUCAACCCGGCACAGGAACCGGAUCAGACACCUGGCCAAGAGCCUGAGGGUGUGGGAACGUCUUCGAUGGCAGAGACUGCUUCGAUGGCAGAUACGGCUGCGGCGGGUAGCGGUGCUGGCGUCACAGCUGAUGAUGUCGUCUUGCCGAAGAAGAAGAAAAAGACUGUCAAGAAGAAGAAGAUGGCUGAGAUUGAGGACUUGAGUUAG